UUAAAGCUACGGAUUUAACAGAUAAGUACAACUUUCCACUGCUUUUUAACGUCUUUGGUAAUGUUUUUACUGUGUUUAAAUGACACAUGUGGUCAUUAGGAUCAUUAGAGACAUACAAAAAGGUCGUUUUUUUUCAGUUAACUGAUUUAGGAAGUUUGUGUUCAGCAGUUGUCUCAAACAGCCGGGAUGUGCUGACGUCAUGUCAUGUAAUUAAAGUUAUUUGGUAACAUUCUGACACUUAAACAAGUAAGUAGGUUUAUCAUAUACUUUAAAAAAUACUGACUUGUUUCAGCUUCCUAUAGCUGUAGUUGGAGCUCGGUUGAUUGGUGAAAUGGAAUAAAACGUCAGUACUGCUCACGUUGGAUUGGCGAAACGGAGUCACGUGACCGUGCCUGCCGGAAGCAGAUUCGCUGACAUUAGAAUACAUCUUUGCAAGCCUUAAUCGAUCAUUAUAAAUAAUUGUGAUAUAAAUAAAUGUGAAUAGAUAAUGAUAAAUAAUUGUGAUAUAAAUAAAUGUGAAUCGAUAAUGAUAAAUAAUUGUGAUAUAAAUAAAUGUGAAUCGAUAAUGAUAAAUAAUUGUGAUAUAGAUACAAGUAACGAUCGGAAUGAAAUUCAAUGUAACGGCGUAAAAGUAGCGUUUCUUCUUCUUCUCAAAAAUACUCAAGUAAAAGUAUGCUACUAUAACACUCUGGAAAGUACAAUUUAUCCAAAAAGUUACUCAAGUAAAUGUAACGGAGUAAAUGUAGCUCGUUACCACCCACCUCUACCGAUGACACACACACACACACACACACACACACGCACACACGCACGCACAUUCUUGUAUUUAUUACCUUCUUGAGACGUCUUGGUGAUGUAUGCCGGACGCCUCGUAUGGAAUAACGUUUAUUGGGCAGGCACGCUGCUUAUAUCGUGGGAAAGCGGACGUGAAAAAAGGCUGUCCUCACUCAGGUCCGCAUGGAGCUGGAGGGGGCGUGGCCUCCAGCUCCGGCUGAAAAUCGAGAGAUUUUCUGGAGAAUAUUUUUCCCGGGAGGUUUUCGGGAGAGGCGCUGAAUUUCUAGAGUCUCCCGGAAAAUUUGGGAGGGUUGGCAAGUAUGGUUGGCUCUCAUAAAUACUGCAGUGAGUAAAACUCAGUGAUGGAGUGGGGAAAAAAAAGCCAACCUUGUGAUGCGUUUCUGAAAUAAUGCUUAAAAUUAUCUAAAUAAAUAUUAAAUGUUAUUAUGAACGUGCCACAUUACAUAUAUACCUACAUAGUGCAUAUAAAACCCCAAUGGAGGUGUUUGGAUGUAUUUUAAGGGAUUUAUAGGCAGAAUGGAGCGGCUCCUAUAGACUCCAUUAUAAGCAGACUUUUGAUCGCAUUCAUUAAAUAUUUAGAAUGCAUUAAAAAUACAUCCAUCUCCAUGUCUCUCAUUAUGAUCGUAAACAACAGGCAAAAUUCCCCAAAAAGUGCAUUUCCCCUCUAAGGAGUGCGACAGAAGGACACAAACAACACUAGCAUAGCUAUGUUAGCCACACGCUAACUCGAAACUCAAAUUUUAACAUGAAGCUAGGCUAGAAUAUAGCUGGUAGGCCGACAAGUGACAAUUGUUUCCCCGGAAGUGAAAACCAGUGGUGAUCGACCAAGCCAAGAUGGCUGUUGUACAGCACGCAGUGUGCGAACUAUCCGAGUGCAAAAUAGGCUUCAAUCUUCCUGCAAAAAGCAGAUACCAGCAACAAAAAUCAAACUAUGCAAUGGAAUAGAUCCCUAUACUUUAUCAAAAAAAGAUUAUGUCGAGUGAUAUCAAGGAUUAUAUGUCAGUCACGUUCCCAGACAUAUUGUACUCAUGUGUUCCAGACGCCAUUCUAUAUGACAAAACAGAUGGAGACCUGGAACAGCAUGGAGGUCUACAACUUCUUUGUGUGUGGCUGGGUCAAGGACAUCGUUUUUGCUCGGCUACUACCUGUCGUGCUACUACUUGUCCUUGUACCUGUCGUCGUAGCGAGAUUAUAAAGGUGCUGCAGAUCACAGGGCCCCGGAUUCUGUCUGUGCUGAAGCCAUGAGUGUGCGUUAUACCGCCGAAGAGGCUCUAGAGACGAUUUUUUCAGAUGUCCAGCAAGACAACUCUGAUUCAGAAGAGGAAGUGGAGGAUGUAUCAGAAGAAGAAGAUGGGGAGGAAUACAAUCCAGAGCAUGAUGAAUCAUCUUCAGAAGAAGACAACCCUGAAGCUGAAAGAGAGACUUCAUAAAGAUGACUCCAGGACCCACACGAGACGGGCGGACACUUUUUUCUCCCCCCACGGUUUGCAAAUCUGCAGUGAAGCUCUAAAUGUCACAAUAGGUUUAAAAUGGACGAGCAAGUCGGCACCAACACGACUCCGCCCUACGACAAUUGGACUUUCUACAACACCUCCUGGGACUACGUCCUCCCCAGGAACAACAUCACCUACGUGGCAUUCUACCUCCACCAGCCGUCCACGGCGGCCAUCUUCAUCGUGUCCUACCUGCUCAUCUUCCUGGUGUGCAUGGUGGGCAAUGGCGUGGUGUGCUUCAUCGUGCUCCGGAGUAAGAACAUGCGCACCGUCACCAACUUGUUCAUCCUCAACCUCGCCGUGAGCGACCUCCUGGUCGGGAUUUUCUGCAUGCCGACGACGCUUCUUGACAAUAUCAUCACAGGAUGGCCGUUUGGAAGCCUGGUGUGCAAAAUGAGCGGCAUGGUUCAAGGCAUCUCCGUGUCUGCGUCCGUCUUCACUCUGGUGGCGAUCGCAGUGGACAGGUUCCGUUGCAUCGUUUACCCAUUCAAGCAAAAGUUGACCAUAUCCACCGCCUCCUUGAUCAUAGUCAUCAUCUGGGUCCUGGCCAUAUCCAUCAUGUGUCCAUCUGGUGUGAUGCUCCAAGUGACUCAGGAGCAGAGCAUCCAGGUGCUGCUGGGCUACGACAACAAAACAACUCCUUUUUACUGGUGCAGGGAGAACUGGCCCAACCAGGACAUGCGGAAGAUCUACACCACUGUUUUAUUCGCCAACAUUUACCUGGCACCGCUGUCCCUCAUCGUGAUCAUGUACGCCCGCAUCGGAAUCACGCUCUUUAAGACGGCCAUGCCGACAGGGGGCAAGCCGGGCCACGACAACCGCCACACUGUGUCCAAGAAGAAGCAGCGAGUGAUCAAGAUGCUCCUCAUCGUUGCCUUUCUCUUCAUCCUCUCCUGGCUGCCUCUGUGGACUCUCAUGAUGCUGAGCGACUACGCCCGGCUCACCGAGCAGCAGUACAGGAUCAUAAACAUCUACAUCUACCCCUUCGCCCACUGGCUCGCCUUCUUCAACAGCAGCGUCAAUCCCAUCAUCUACGGGUUCUUCAACGAGAACUUCCGGCGGGGAUUUCAGGCGGUCUUCAAGUUCAGCCUGUGUACUGCCGACGGCCAGCGGAGGAAGACCUACUCGCACAGGUUGCAGACCAACUCCGUGCUGCCGGCGAAUAACGUACAGACAACCCUGGAGCCUAUUUCUCUAAACAGCUUGGAGAAGACCAGCUCCAGGCGAGUCCACCGUGUCACCGAGCAGGACUUGGUCAUGGAGGACCUGGACAAGGGGUCUAGCAGUGGUGGAGUCACAGUUGUGUCCAUUUGAACUAGUGCCAUUCGUCAAGGUGUCGGUUUUGAGGUUUUCGGUCCUCGUACCACCUGAGUGUUCCUUGUAAAAACUGAACUAAAGCAGGAAGCUACCUCCCCUGAAAUGCAAUCCCAGCCAGAAAUGAAGAUUUGUCGUCGGGUGCCAAUGCACAUUCUGAACAUCUGAAGGGCGUCAACAAAGGAUUCUGUGUUCAAGUCCUAAUAGCACAAACAAUCAGUGUUGUGGUAACGUGAUGCCUACAAAACUACAGUAGAACCUGUUUAGAGUCAGUCCGGUUUAUGUUUACAACCCGUCUAUGUCAACAAACUCAUCAAGUCCGGGUCAACUGUGUUCUUCUUAUUACUUGUCAACAUACAAUUUGAGAUUCAAAUGGGUCGUUUCUAUGAUGAAUCCAGUCCGUUUAUGUCGACAUGUUUUCGCAGUAGUGUUAAAUGUGCCCAUAGGGGCUUCCUGGUCAAUGCACAGAAAGCUUCAAAAUAAAAGCAUGUCAGUAUUAGCCGGGAUUUGACCACGGCAACCAAAUUCUUCUUAUGUCCCUGGCAAAAGUCGCAAGUAACCGUGUUUUCCGUUUUGGUUAUGUCGGCAAUCGCUUACGUUGUGGCUCAGCCAGUGUGAGGCGCGUCGACACAAAUAAGUUCUAUUGUAGUACACAGUAUAUUUUUAAAUGUAGAAAGUCGCUUCAUACAUGGGCGACACUUGCAAAGCAGAUUUCAGGGUCUGUUUGCUCCCUUCGCUGAGCUCCGAGCACUUUAUGUGGUAGCUUCAUGGUUAGUUAACUAGCUUGCGAGAGUGCACCCAAGAAUUCUAUUGUCUAUCAACCAGGAAGUGGCAUGCUAACAUAAUGGAAGGCUAAACCAAUCAAAAUAAAACAAUGUAAUCCGUUGCUAACCAUUAACGGAGGUAUUUACCUUGGUUUGUUUGUUGUGUUGCUCCGAGGCUUCUACAGGCUUGAAGCAACUUGAAGCAAACGCAAUUGUGAGGCGAUACGGAAGUCUAAUGCUGAGUAAUAUCGCUAAGUACGCUUAGUGAGAUGAUUUCAAUGUGGUUUCGCUCUACUCCCAGCUUGGACGUGGCAAUUCGGUGACUAAAUUUGCGCAUUUGAGAAGAACAAUCCGCGCUCUGACACUCUAAUCCCACACAGAUUCCGGGGUUUCAUCAUCAUCACGCCGAACCAAAACAAUGUCACGCAUUACCGAGUCCUAAACUGGCAUUAAAGGCACAUAGAAGAGACUUAAACCCUGCGUAAGAAGGAUGGUAUUAGCAGUGCUGGGAUACCAGCCAGGACGCCUCCUGUGCUACGAACGGAGCCUUGCUUUACGGUUAUUUGCAGCGUAUGUAUAAAUACGCCGACAUCGUCACAGUCAAACCUGUCUGAGGUAUGGUCGAGCACGAGCUUUUAUUCUGAAAACAAACAGGCACUCAUAAACUGCGGGGAUUACAGUAAGUGUUAUUUAUUCAGGAAGUCUCCGAUGUAAAUCUCACACGUCUUAUCUCCCGUCCGUGAACACAUUAAUGCAUAGAAGCAGUUAGUUGUAUUUUGGCCUUGAGAGAGAGAGAGGCAUGCAAAGAAGACUCCGGAGACGUACGAACAUGUUUAUUAAUAUUUGUCCUGCUUUAAUCUGACAUCUUUAUGUUAGUUUAUACAACAGGUGGCCUGGGGGUAAAAUGCCAACAAGUGAACCGAGCUAUUUUGGAGGUCCCGAAUGGGAAGUUUUUGUUUGUUUAAAUAUGUAUGUAUAUGUACAUACAUAUGUAGAUACAUAUGUUUGUACAUAUGUACGCACAAACAUAUGUACAUGCAUACAUAUGUAUGUAUGUACAUACAUGUAUGUAUGUACAUAAAUCUAUGU